ACACUUAAUCAAGCUAGUUGUCAGGCAGUGAAAAGUCUUUUGUUUGACAACCAACGUGAACGAUAAAAGAGUAAAAUACAGCCAAAUUAAAAUGUCUGAGAACGAGAAUCUAACAGAGGAUAACGAGAAUUUGGAGCUGGAGGAACAGUUUCUCAUGCGUUUCCCCAAGGACCUUGCAGAAGCGGUACUCGAAUCGGUGGAGGCCGGAAACAUAAAUGAGAAACUGUCUAUACAAUUAGAUAGUGAGUUGCGAUAUGGCGAAGUGCGUUUGAAUGAUCAAGUGUUGCAUGCCAAAAUGGUUGACUUGCCCACAGUGGUCGAGAGCUAUAAAACGGCUGACAAUAUCAACCUAUAUAAGACGGCUAAUAUCAGUCAGAUGUUGGUUUGCUCCGUAGAGCCGAUAGAGGAGCCUAAGAAUGAGGGCAAGGAGUUAGAGAAGCUUCUGUAUUCCGCGCUAAAGGACGACAAGGAAAACAAAUCACUGAGCAAAGAUGCCAAUAAGGAUAUUCCAAAAGUAGAUGAGAAAUUCCUUUGGCCCCAUGGCCUGACCCCGCCCACCAGGAAUAUACGCAGGCGUCGAAUCGCCAAUGCCCUCAAGGGGAAGAACGUAGAGCCGGCAGAGCAGGAUAUUCUCAAAGAGGUCAAAUAUCUGCUACGCAUGGACAGUGAAGCAGUCCGUGUUCAAUACGAGGUGUUAGAUGAUGACGGCAAGCUCGAUGAACUGUCCGAUGCUGAAGGAUCCGACGAUAAUAUCGAUGAAAUUGUCAAAACUUAAAAUUUUGAAUAAUUCUCGUAUGAAACUAAUAACGAUAAGGUUAAAAAAAAUCCAGAUUAAACUGCAUGGAAAGUGUAAAUUUUUUACUUUAA